GUUUUAAAUGAGGGGUUUGACAUAAAAUAAUACUAAAAAAACUAUAACAAAUAUAGGACUAAAAAUUCAAGAAAUGGAUUGACAAAUGUGAGUUUAUACUCUUUAAACUAAUGACUACUAUCACGUGAUCAUCAUGACCAAAUGCUCCAGUGACUAACUUUCGAUUAGUGACAACUAUCAAACAAUGAUUAUCACUGGCAGUGAUCACCGUCGAUGAAUGACCACAACCGAUCACUAGCCACUGUCAGCUAAUGACCACUAACCACAAUCAAGUAGUAAUCACCACUGGCAUCCACCUCUCCCUGCCAUCGUUUCUCAGAGAUGUUCCAAAACCUUAGAUCUGAUAAAUCUUCCAAACCCUAUCACCUCGAUCGCUCCAAGGUGGCGGUUCAGGAGGGGUCGGACCACCAAUCUAUCUCCCCCCUUGCUCAACCUUUCACCUCUCUCCGUCUUUUCGUUGCUCGUUCCGCCUCCACUACCACCACCGCCCUCUCUGCGCAUGUUGAUUCACCAGAAACUAACCUUUUGACCUCCUCCUCAAUUGCAGGAAUGAGACAACGUUGCUCUAGAUCAUCCAUAGAAGAUAUGAUAUCGUUUCUUGAACUUUGGAUUAGUUUCCAAAAGCUGCAACCGCAAUCACGCCUCCUUUAAGAUUUACUUGCACAAGCUGCGAAAAGAGAUCAGAAAACAAAGAUGAAAUCUUGUCACUGCUUCGAGAUCCAAUAGAUAGUAUGAAAGUCGCC